ACGCCUCAGAGACGGGAGGUGGAGCUCUGUUGAUCAGCGCUGAUGUUCUUUUGAUAUAUAUGGAGAAAGUGAAAGACGCCUCGUCUGAUUUGUUAUUGAGGCUGUGUGAUGAUUUCCUCUCGUCUUUCUAAUAAGGUAACAGUGAGUGUGAUUGGUGUCUCUCUCUCUCUCUCUGUAGGGGGCUGAGUGAGGGGACACACUUCUCUCAGUCUCUCUGGGCGAGUGGAGAUGAACACAUGGUGUAGAACGAGGAGGGAGAUGGAAAUGUGUCUGACUUUUCUUCUUCUCUCAUCCACACUCACACUCACAGCAGCUGACAGUGUGAGGUUGGUGGAUGGUGGAAGUCGCUGUGCUGGGAGAGUGGAGGUUCUUCAUGAAGGACAGUGGGGAACAGUGUGUGGUGAUGACUGGGAUAUGAAAGAAGCUGCAGUGGUGUGUAGAGAACUGCACUGUGGAGAAGCUGUAGAUGUACGUUAUGAAGCUCACUUUGGAGAAGGAUCAGGACCAAUCUGGAUGGAUGAUGUGGACUGUAGAGGAUCAGAGUCGACACUGAAGGACUGUAGAUCAGCAGAGUGGGGUGAAAGUGACUGUAAUCAUGGUGAAGAUGCUGGAGUCAACUGCUCAGAGACUGUGAGGUUGGUGGAUGGUGGAAGUCGCUGUGCUGGGAGAGUGGAGGUUCUUCAUGAAGGACAGUGGGGAACAGUGUGUAGUGAUGACUGGGAUAUGAGCGAUGCUGCAGUGGUGUGUAGAGAACUGCACUGUGGAGAAGCUGUAAAUGUGCAUUAUGAAGCUCACUUUGGAGAAGGAUCAGGACCAAUCUGGAUGGAUGAUGUGGACUGUAGUGGAUCAGAGUCGACACUGAAGGACUGUAGAUCACGUGGGUGGGAGAAACAUGACUGUAAUCAUGGUGAUGAUGCUGGAGUCACCUGCUCAGGUCACAGAAAGUCCAGACUCACUGCUGGUCCUCACCGAUGUUCUGGAAGAGUGGAGGUGCUUCAUGGAGGUUCCUGGUCCACAGUGUGUGAUGGUGACUUUGACCAGCAGGAUGCAGAGGUUGUGUGUCGAGAGCUGGACUGUGGGAUUCCUGUGAAGGUUCUGGGAUCAGCUGCUUUUGGUCGAGGAGGUCAGGUGUGGACAGAGGAGCUUCAGUGUAGAGGAAAUGAAUCUGAGAUUUACUUCUGUCCAUCAUCAUCUUCACUCAAACACUCAAACUGCUCCCAUCACAAUGAUGUGGGAUUAAUAUGUUCUGAGGCUCGGCUGGUGAACGGAUCAGACUCCUGUUCUGGUCGAGUGGAGCUCCAGUACCUCAGUGAGUGGGGCACAGUUUGUGCUGUAGGCUGGGAUAUGAGAGCUGCAGAUGUUCUCUGUGCACAGCUGGAUUGUGGGAGUGCUGUGGCUGUGGUGGAGGUGGACUGGUUUGUGGAGGGAGUGGCCACAUCUGGGCUGAUGUGUUUGAUUGUCAGGGAAUGA